AUAACAAAAUUGCAAAAACUGCCUCAACUCUCAAAUCCUAAAACCGCCAUUAAACCCUAGAAUACUAGAAAAUGGAAGAUGAGGAAGAUACUACGAUGACUACUGAAGAAACGAAUAACAAAAAUAAUAAAGAAUCAUUAGAAUCCGAAGUAGCUCCGGCCAUCAUCUCUGUUCACCCGGAACAGCACUCCGUCGCCGUCGCCGUUGGCCCUGACCUUCGUGUUUUCAAUCUCCGAGAAGGUUGUCCGGUAAAUUUGGGGGCCGAAUCGAAUAUUAGUAAUCAUAAGGAAUCUAUUAGAGCUAUACGGUAUGGUGCUAAAGGUAAACUCUUUGUAUCGGCUGGAGACGACAAAGCUGUUAAGAUUUGGGACACGGAUUCGUGGCGGUGUUUGUGUACCGUGUCAACGGAGAAGAAAGUUAGUGCAGUUGCUAUAAGCGACAAUGGACAGUUUGUUUGUUAUGCUGAUAAAUUUGGGGUCGUUUGGGUUGUUGAGCUGGAUGGGCUAUAUGAAAAUAAAUCAUUAGUCCAGAAGAAGGGAUCGCCACUUCUUGCCCACUAUUGUAGCAUCAUUACUAGUCUGGAGUUUUCGCCAGAUGGGCAGUUUAUUGUUACUGCUGACCGUGAUUUCAAAAUUCGUGUUACCGUGUUUCCAAAGAAACCUAUAGAUGGAGCCCACGAGAUACAAAGUUAUUGCCUUUCCCAUACAGAAUUUGUGUCCUGCCUAGCCUUUGUUUACAAUCAGGAUCAUCCACAAGGAUAUUUAGUUUCUGGAAGUGGCGAUUCAACAGUUCGUUUGUGGGAUUUUACAUCUGGAUUGCUUCUUCAUACAUGUGACGUUGGAUCACAGGCGGGACAUCAACAAACUGAUGGAAUAGAAAGCAAUUAUUAUGCAGUUACGAGUUUAUGCGCAACACCUGAUGGUUCGUCGAUUUUUGUAGCUGUUCAAGGCUUGCCAGGAAUAAUGUUGUUGAGUUGCAACCUUUCUGCUAAAAGUCUUUCUGUUCUGAAGGUGGUCUCUGUUACUGGAGAAGACUUCAUACCCACAAGUUUAGGGACUUCAUUAACAUCAGAUUUUUUAUGGAUGGUGAUGGGUGUCUCCAAUUUGCCUGGUUUUUGUUCUUCAUCGCUGGCUCGAGUUCGUGCGAUCACUGGUUUAAAGAAAUUCAAUUCAGAAUCUGGCGAUGAUAGUCAUAACAUAUUGGAAGAUAAACAAGUUCCCUGUGGAGAAAAUAUGUUGCAGCAAUUACAGGGAAGCUUGUCUAUCGACAAAGAGGUCUUCUCUGCAGCUGCUGAAGCUGUGAAAACAUCAAUGCGCAAUCUGUUGAUUAAGAAACAAUACUCCGUUGAAAGACGUGAUUUUAGGAAAAGAGGCCGAAACGACAAAAAGGGAAAAAGAUAGCAGAUACCUCAUUAGAGGUGAGGUGAUACUUAGGAUCACCUAGUUGUGUUUCAUGCCAUUGAUGGCCCCAAGUUUUUUCAACUCAUCACUGUAGAAAAUUUGCUACAUGUGUUUCUGUUAUAUGAGUGUUUGUAUUUGUAGCUUAACCAUUUAUUUAGAUUACAUUCUUCACCAUAAUGCUAUUCCUUCGUCUGUC